AUGUUAGACCUUAAACAAAGUCAUUUAAAAUACUACAUCGACACACAACAUUUAGAGUCAAAAAUCCAAAGUUUGCAAUUUGAACUACAAUAUGAAACAAAAAAAUAUGAACGGUCCCUUAAGGACUACAGAUUCACUUUACCAAAUGUUAGGUUAGCUAAAGCCAGUGUUAAGUUAAACGAAGCAUCCAGCGACUAUCCUUCAUCAGAUAACUUCGCGUACCUCUGCCGCGAUGGGUCCUGGCAGCCUCUAAAGAACAACGAGAGACCGUGCGUCUGGUUGAAUAGACCCUGGCCCGUUGUGGUCGCUAAGAGAAAAGUGGCAGCAUCUGUGAGCAAGUUGAUAAGCUCGUUGACAGACGGGGCCCUCUUCGACGGACAUUGGCACGGGGCCCUAUCGGCCCUUCUAGAGGUCCGUGAGGCCCCGACUCCGCUGUACCCGCCCAGGUCACCGUUAGACCACCUGGCUACAGCGAGGGGGUUCAGAGAAGCGUACAGUCAGAGUGGGUGCGAUCCCCCAAGGCAUGUGACGCUUUGCACCACGUCUCUCCUUGCAAAGAACAAAUGUGGGUGGUUAAGCGAAGCGGGCGCAGUCUACGGAAUCACACCACCUUUGCAGUGCACGCUGAGAGACAGCGAGGAGGCGUGCCUGGAUGCUGUCAAACAGCAAGACAGUGACGUCACAGCGGUGGACAGUGACUGGAUGCUGACAGCCACAAGAGAUUUCGACUUAAAGCCGAUUCUUUACGAAGUUACGCCGAUAGUAGAGAAAAUGAACACAGUUGUCGCAUACGUCAAAAAAGGCGCGAAUAUUAACAAAAUGGCGGAUUUGCGCGGGAAAAGGGAGGCCUUCCCGCGCUACGAUGGCUUCGCUUGGCACUCGGUUAUCGAAUAUUUUACGGAAAGUUGCGAUACCAUGUUAAAUAACUACUUUAGCGAGAUUUGCGCUCCUGGGAUCCAAAAAUACAAUUUCAGCCAAGCGGUAAUCGAAAAAUUCACCAAGUCUUGCUAUAUGACAGAUGGAGACGAGAAAACAACACUAUACUCUCUGGUCAACGGCUACAGUGAUGUAGCAUUCGUGAGCAUGGCAACAUAUAAUGAAUAUAUAGCCGAAAUGUCCGGAUCGGAAAUCGCAGUAGAUAUCGUACCAAUAUGUCCCGAAGAGAAUCCAAAAUACUGCUACAUAAGUUGGGCUCACCUCGGACACUUAUACGCUGCUAAGAAUCUUACAGACAUGAGAAGACACGAGAUCAUCAACGUUUUCACGAAGCUGGACCAGCUGUUUGGCAAGCAGCAGCCCUUCCACAAUCCAAUGUUUUCGAUAUACGGCCCAUUUAAUCAUCAAAUGAAUGUUUUGUUCCAUAAUAAUACGAAAACGGUGGCCAUCGUUUUCGUAUUAGAAGGCAUUUUGCAUAUGCAUCCCUAUGACACAAUGCCGUUUAGCUUUGAAAGCAAGAUUUUGAAUUCGACGUUUGACAGAUGUCAAAUAACGGACGAUGUGAAUAAAGCAUUUAUACGAAUGCCCAAUUCCUUAAUUGUGAUAUUGAGUCUAGUCCUAUGUUUAUUUAACGUUAUAAAUGUAAGUUACUCAUAA